AUGGAUUCUAACGCCCUGUGGUUGCCGCCCGCCCAGGAGGCGGAGUGGCAGGCCUCCCUGCGCUCCACCCCUGCAUUCACCCUGACCGCCCUGCUCAGCUUCUGGGCUCUCCACUCCGUGCUCCCCAGACUGAUGGGCAGGAGGCUCGCUGGACUCCCCGCCUCCACCAAGCUCAGAUGGCAGCACCAGAUUGCAUGCUGCGUGCACGCCGGGCUGUCCAUUGCCGCGGCCCUGAGCUCGCUGCUCGCCCGCUACUACGACGAUAGCUCCGAGGCUGGCCUCUUCACUGCUGAUGCCAGGCUCAGCGCUGUGACCGACGCACACGCCGGCUUCCUGCUCUACGGCCUCAUCAUGUACACGAGGCAUGCGGGAGUGGUGGCUCCCCCCUUUCCUUUUGUCUUGCUGCAGCAUGCCGCCCUCCUGGCUUGCUGGGCCAUGGCCAAGGUCUUCCCCUGCAGCCUGACGUACGUGCUCCUGCCCUACCACCAGCUGGGUGCCGUGGCUGCGCUGGCGCACGCCUGGCGCGCCGUGGCCGUCAUGCGUGGAACCGGAAAGCGCGCGCACCUGGGGCGCCUGCGCGUGGAGCUGGGCGCUCUGGCGCUGCGGGUGGCCCUGGCGGCGGCGGCCGCCUUCAGGGCCUGGGCCUGGCUCCGAGGCCGGCCGCUCUGGACGCUGCUGGAGGCCACGCCUGACGUCGCGGCGGCGGGCAGGGUUUACGCGACCCUGGUGCUGGCGAGCAGUGCGCUGCUGGUGCUCGUCUACGUGUCCUGGAUGCAGAACGUCCUCUUCCAAAUGGCCAAUGUGCCGAUCAUAAAGGCAAGCGGGGGUGGGGACCGCGCCGCCGACACGGCUGGGCAUACGACACGCAAGAAGGCCAAGGCUACGCCGUCGGGGUCGGCGAAAAAGCGGCGCCAGAGCUGA